AUCGGCGCCACCCAUCGACCAAUCUGCUGGCAGCAUGCCGCAACUCUCGCCGCUGCCACUGACUGCCGACACGACAAUCUAGUCGCCCGCGCCGAACGAAUGACGUCUAUCGCGGUACGUCGAGAUACGCGAUCGACAAAUACGCGAACACCACGCGGUACGGGACAACAGUCGACGGGACUCAAAUCGGGACAUUCCAGUGGCUGUACCAUCCUUCCAGGAGGAUCAGAAAGCUCGUGAAGUGGUUGUCAAAUUUGGAUGUUUCAUUGUUCAACUAGUUAGAUCUACCAUGCAUCUUAUGCCUGGGCCUUCAGUUUAUGUUAACAAUUACCUACUUCAAGAGCGAAGUUUGACGUAUCUGAUAAGCGCAGCAACAACGUCAAAGAUAUAUUUUUAAUCCCACGCCACAUAUUUUGAUUUACAGUCAUUAGAGAUACUUAUACAAUGACUUCCUAACUUACUGAAUCCAAACGUUCCAAUUUCAGAACAUACAGUGUCAUUCUCUAACAUCAACUUUCUCAGUAGUCACAGAUAAAAUAAACUUUGGUGGUCUGCAAUAGAGAUAAAGCAUCGAAUUCCUUUGUUACAAGCUGACAGCAACUUCCGAAUUCCUGCUAAAGGUGAAUAACCAACUUACAGUCAGGAAAGUUUUCAAGCAGUGACUAUCUCAGAAACUACAACGAUAGAGCCAACUUCAAAAAAUAUACUGACAUGGAGGAACAUAACCAUAACAAUAGGCUGUGCAGUUUCAAGCAUAACUAAAUAUCUGGAAAAACCACCAAAAACAUUUGCCUUUACCAUCUGCAAGAUUGGAUAGAACUACUCAAAACCCGUUCUCAUCAUUUUAGUAAUUGACAAACAAACUGUUGCUGAAGCUGUGACAUAUGGUGAUCGUAGAGAUCAAUUAGACUUUUGGCGUUAUCUAGAUGGAGAGACUCAAAGUGAGGUGUUUGAGUGAAUAGAAGAUUUAAUUGUUAGAUGGAGGACAAUUUGACAAUGAGACCUUGUGGGACGGACUUUAGUAUUGCUGCAAUAAUGUCGAGGCAUGGGAGAGCUAGGACUGUCAGGUGUAGAGACAGAGAGGAGCUGCAAGAAGGACAAGAUAGCCCCAUGACACCUUUAGAGAAAUUCGUGGAGACGACCUCCCCAGCCGGAGCAACAACUCUCCCCUCCACCACGACAGUGUCCUCUCCCUCGACCCCGGAUCCAGACGGUGCGUCUUCAGGAGGUCGCGACUCCCCGGUCGACGUUUCGUCAACUUCGGAACCACCUUCAAGUUCCUCGGCAGGCAGCAGAUCGCCAGGUAGUACCAGCAGGAACCCGUUGCUACAGGAACGGUGUAACAGCGAGGAGCUACGGAAUGUCGUCUGUCACUUGGAGACCAAGGAGUUGUGGGAUAAGUUUAAUGAUUUGGGGACGGAGAUGAUUAUCACGAAAACCGGACGGUAA